AUGUGUCGUAACUCGCUGUGUGAGUUUUCAGGGAAAAUUCAUCCUACUAAAAGAUUAGAUUCUCUAUCGCUCGUCGACAAACGAAAACUAUCCUCGAGCGGCGCAUGGUGCGCUAGCGACGGCACAUUGACGCGAAACGCUCGGACAAUCGACUCGUCGUCGUUUCUCAUGUGGCCGCGAGUGUUUCGCGAUCUCUGGACUAGUCGAACCAAACUCUGGGAAUGGUCCAAGAAUGGUGCUGUAAGUCUCGCACGUUUCACGAGCACCUUGAAAACCCCCAUGCACAUCGAGUUCGGACCUGAGGACGGGAAACGUGCCGCAGUAACUUAUCAGCGGCGAUACGGAUACCGCGGAGAGUGGCUCAUCGAGCAGCUGGGAAAUGGUCUUGGUCCUGGUUUAGCUUCGCUGUAUAGUCAAUCUGUGCCCAACACCUUUCUAACGCCGCCUCUGUCAUCCACUCGCACGUGAUAGCCAUUUCUUUCGAACGGUUCUUACUGCCCUUGCUUUCAGU